GUGAGGAGUCGGAGUUGUCGCCCAUCAGUUUUCUGUGUCAGGGAAUUAUCGAGCUCAUCGAAUUUAUUCGUUCGGUGCUCGCGAAGAAGAAGCUCCGCAUCAGGCGGUCGAGGGCGAAGGAUGUCGUUGGGUGAAGCGCGCUACGCCCACUGCGACGGCUACACAGAGGGUAUCCGCUUCAAAGACAAAUAUAUUGUCACUUGCGGUGCCGAUGGAGAGCUCCGCAUUUGGGAUUCCGAGAGCCUUUCAGAGGAGAGUCCAAUCAAUGUUACCCUGGGAUCGCAGUGCAACUCAGUGGCUGUCAAGGGCGACAAUCUCCUCUGUGCCACCGACGGCUUCAGGAUCCAGGAAAUCUCUGCCUUUAACUCCGAGGGGGCUCUGCGCUCCGAGGCUGAGCUCGAGGCGAAAACGAUUAGAAAUUUCGAUUCGGAAAUCCUUCAUGUAGCCUGUGACGGCGAAAUAUUCGUGGUGGCGCUGGUGAAUGGAAAAGCCAUAAUCUGCAAAAACGAUCAGGAGGAGGACGACGUCCGACUUGAAGGUCAUAAGGCCGCAGUCCUCAGCUUGGCCAUAGAUUCGGCGGCAUCGAUCGUGGCGACGGCGAGCUGUGACGGAUCUGUCCGCGUGUGGUCGACGGAUGAUGGGAAAUGCAUUAAGAAGCUCGACGAUCUUUUCACAUCGAUCGAUAAGGUCGAGGCUGUGCAGGAAAUCACCAGGUUUCACCGUCUGGCGUUCCUAUCGAACUCGAAUUUGCUCGUCGCCGCUGAGAGAUCGCUGAAGCUUUUCAAGGCGGGUUCUUUCUCUUUGGAGAAAGAAUUCGAGAUUGAUGAAAUAAUUGACGACGAAGAAUUCGUUUUUACUAUGUCCACUGACGGCUCUACGCGACUCGCUCUUUCUACGAAUCAAGGGCUGCUGGCUACGUAUAGUCUCCCGGAUUUCGAGCAGACGUGGCUGCACAAAAUGGAAGACACAAUCACCAGCAUCAUCUUCCAUCCUUCGUCCGACGACGCUGUGGUGCUUCUCACCGACAAGGGCGAACUCCAAUGUGCCACACGAAUUCCCUCACAGAAGAAAUCGGCCGAAGUAGCUGCCGAUGAAAUGGAAACAGACGAGGCUUUCAACCCCGACGAAGAGAUUCUCGCAGGCACUGGCUUCGACAAUAAAAGAAAAAGUCCCACUUCCGAUGACGAGGACGACGGUAUCGAUCUCGGUGCCAUCAGGUCGACCUACAUGCCGACAAUAUUGGGCGAAGGUGGGGAAGAUGCAGGCGGACAGCGCGAAAGAAUGGUCGUACGUGAGACUGUGCGAACGAUUCACGUCAAGGCUUUCCACCAGAAACCGUUCCAGGUGGGCGAAGUUCUUGAACAGGCAGAAGGAGCCGGCGAAGAUGAACAGGAGGACGAAGAAGACGCGAUCCAAGAGAGAAGGUUUUUAGCAUACAACCACGUCGGAUUCGUCGUAUGCUCAAUCAGUGCCGAAGAGUCGUCGAUCGAUGUGGAUUUCCACAAUGCUUCCGACCGUCACCCCCUGGUCCUGCAGAACAAAGGGUACACGAUGGCUGCGCUUGACGGCCACGCCUUGGUUCUUGCCUCGGACCAUGAGAUGAUGGUGUACUUGUUGGACCCUCAGGCCGGGGAGACGCCCAGCUGGGAAGUUGAGGUGAAACACGACUCGAUAUGUGGAGUCACGAUUGGGAUGAACUUCAUCGCGAUGGCGACGAGCAACCAGUAUCUGCGACUCUUCUCGCCGGGAGGAAUCCAGAGAGAAGUAUUCACUCUCCCGGGGCCCUUGAUCUGCAUGGCGGGAGCUUCGAAACUAAGUCUCCGUUACGAAGAAGUCCAGCCUCGGGAAAAUCUCCUGAUUUUCUGUCAUCAGGGCACCGGUCUCGACGAUCGCCAGAAUAUUGUCUGCACUCGGCACAGGGUUACCGGCGGCGGAGUCGUGACCCGACCGGGGAAGAUCAGCGUCGGUAUGCCCAGGAAAGUCAGGAUUGUAUGGGCAGGCUUCACAGAGGAGUAUCGACCAGCCUACAUGAACUCGAAAGGGGUCUUGUUCAUUUUCAACGAGCGGAUGGCUUCCUGGUGCCCUGUGUUCGACAGCAAGCAGAGUCUCGGUUGUAGCAGCGGCUGCUUUGUCGUGUCGGUCGGUGAACGAUACAAUCGUCUGCUCUACAUCGCCUGUAAGAAAUGGAGUCCAAGGGUGAAACCCCUUCCGAUCAUGGUCAAAGAGAAGUUACAGAUUCCUCUGCUGAACGCGGCGAGCGACAAGAGCCAGCUCGAGUCGAAGUAUCUUCGAUUACGGAAUGCCCAUGACGAGGAUUUGCAGAGCGGAAUGGCGAAGCUCUCGUUACAAAUGUUCGCUCUCGCAGUGAAAACGGACCGAUUGUCUCGAGCUUCCGACAUCAUUCGUAUGGAAGCUUGCAAUAGGGGGACGCUCGAAUUACUCUCAGAAUACGCCGAGGCUUCGAAUAAACAUGGGAGAUUAGACGGAAUACUCCGGAUCAUACGGGAGUAUAUCGAAAACGGCGAUCUCGAUGAAGAGCCCGAAACGGAAGAAUUGCUCACGGAAACAGACACGCAGUCUCAAGAGGAUCUCGAUCCGCAACCUCUGAAGUCACAGGAUCUGAUGCCUUCGGCUCCGAUUCUAGCUCCCAAAAGAGUGGUUCUGGGCUCGUUGCCCACUACAGUCGCGGGAGACAAGAACCCGAUGGGUGACUUCAAUCCUUUCAGGAAAGCAGCUGCGGCUCCAACGAAACCACGAGGAGGCCAAUUGGAUGAAAUCUUGUCGAAAAAAGCGUCGAGACCAAUUCCCGUCCAAGAAGCAGCUCCGAAGUUGGCACCGAAGCAAGCCAAACUCCCAAUCAGCAAAGGGAAAGCUCCAGAUGCCAAGGAGAAGCGAAGUCCGAUCCAGAUCUUCAUGGACGAGAUCUCUGAGGAGCUCAAAGAGGAGAGCCCCGAUGGCGAUGCCGGCACGUGGCUGAAAAUGGCCGCGGACAGGUUCAGGAAACUCACGGCGGAGCAGAGGGCAAGCUACGUGGAACUUAGCAAGAACCCGGCGAAGCGACAGAAAAUUUCCGCAUAAAACUGAACCCCGGGCUGAGUACAUUGUCGCGAACUGUCACCGUCAAUUUGAGUGUUGCGAAAUUCACGACAACACGGAAAAGCGAUCGCUUCCGAACAGAGCGCUCUGCCUCGCCGCGUGAUGAUCCCGCCAUAUCGCGGAGCUUAGCUGUUCCAAUUGGACUCUUAGAAUUAUAUUCUGUCCCCAUCCGAAUAAAGACCGUUGAGAUA